GAUGUAUGAUGUUUAUAGUUACAGAUACAAAGGAUUGGCCGGUGGAUAACCGGUGUAUGUUGUAUGUGUGUAGUUGAUAGACGUCAAGUCAGAAGAGCGGUGUAGAAGGGGAAGCAAAAUGUUUGCGAUUGUGUUUUACGCAGCUCUGUUAUUUGCUACCACAGACUCUGCUGUUAUAUUUUUUGGAAACUUUGAAAAUGAAGUGAACAGAAUUGAAGAUUGGGCAAGAGAAAAUGCUCAUGAAACAGAAGAAUGGGUGCAGAAUGAAGACAAUAUGAUAGAAAAAUGGGCAAAAGAAAAUUCUAAUGAAACUGUAGAAUGGGUUCAAGAUGAGACAAAAAUGGGAGAAAAAUGGGCAAAAGAAAAGUUGGAUGGAGCCGAAGAGUGGAUACAGAAUGAGGCAAAGACUGUAGAAAAAUGGACCAAAGAAAACUACAAUGAAGCUGAGAAAUGGGUAAAGAAAGAGAAAGAGAUUGGAGAAAAAUGGGCAAAAGAAACAUUAAAUGAGGUUGAUGGUUGGGCGCAGAGUAAACUAGUAGAGACUCAGGAAGUUGUGAAAGCUCUAAUGCCCAAGUUUAGUAGUGACAAAUGUGUGUGUUACCAUCAGACCUGUGGAUGUUGUGUCCAUGCAGAAGAACCAGAAAUACAUUUGAAUAGCACAGUUUGUGUAAAUGUGACGUACCUGUCAGAAGAUUAUGGCAUUUCUUUCACUGUUACACUAAACAACCACACACUUUACAAUGAAACUGUAUCAGUAAGAAAUCCUCCUCCGGUAUGUGCGGGAUUUCCUUACGUGAAGGAAUUGGCAGAUAUAUGUAUACGGCUGUAUGACAUAGACGCAAAGAGUCGUACAUUUCAUGCUUGUGCACGUCUAGAAGCUCGUAUGAAAUUUAUCAUUAUUGCACAUUAUGAUCUUGGAUGUUUUACUAUUGGAUCAUCAUCUGUUGAGGAUUCAAAAAAAAAGAAUGGCUUAGGCACCCACCACCCAUCUGUAAUUCUGAUUUAAUGCAUAAUAACUUUUCUUUUGGAUUUUUGUUACUGAAAAUAUCAUGACUUGUUCAUAUUGUCAAAGGAUUGUAGUUUUAGAUAAUGUUUAUAUGUUUAAGUGACUGUUGUUUUGAAAUUUUGAAGUUAAUUUUAUAUUAACACAUGAGAGCUUUAGUUUUGUUGGUGCUAAAUGAUUUGUUACGAAAUGUUUGAUUAUUGAUGUUACCAUUUUAAGUAAAUUUUUAUUAAGCCAAAGCAGAAUGAAUUAUUGCUUCUCGUGAGACUAAAAUAUAAUUUUAUUGCAUGACUAGAUAAGCCAGUAUUUGCUACUAUGUAUUGAACUGUAAAUGCAAGUGAGGGAGGGAGGGAGGGAUGAUUUAAGGGAAAUAUUAAAGUUUAUUUGUAGCAUAGAAAAUUAAAUUUUUUUUCGUGUUUGAUACAGCAGUUGCUUAACGCAUUGAGAAUAAAUAACAGAUAUUAAUGUUUUCACUUAUUUUGAAAGAAAUUAAUAUAGAAGUCACCAAAAAUUCAGAUCGUUUUACGACUAAUUAUUACGAAACCUUACUCAUUUACUCUCCAUGGCAAGACAAAUGUCCCAGUUUUACAAUAUUAAGAAUACAUUAAAUUAAUGAGGUACGUGUGUAACACAAGAACUCUACAAAUAAAAAUUUAGUGGUUUACACAUUAAAAUGCUAUAUCUUGAAGUACGGAAUAUUUGCAAUUGUCAAUACUUGAUAACAAUAUCGGAUUUAUUUACACACUCAUUCAACUUCAGAAUGAUGAAAUUCACAAAUUUUAUACAAUGAUGUAAGAUGGUAAUCUCUGUAAGUUUUUGCUCUGAACAUAUCCAGUACCAAAACUGCAUUAUAGAGUUUAGCACAUGAGGAAAUUAUUCCAUAUUUUACAUAAUCAAUAGGUUGGGGUGUUUGUCUACUUUCAUAUUAGUAUUGUAACGGGUGACUUAAUUCUCAAUAUUAAAGGUAUUCUGGUUUUCAUUCACAAAAUUCCUACAUAUUGACUGAGAACUUUCAUUAUUCCUACCCAAGUAAGGACAGGUAUGCAGCGGCCCAGCUUUUCACGUAAUGUUAUAAUUGUAAUUGGUUUCUUCUGGAGCAAGAUGACACUCUUUUGUAGCCUGAUGCUUGCCCCCCCCCCCCCCACUCUUUUGUA